CUGUCCGAGAACGAAUGAAAACAAUCAUAAAUCCAGAGCCAGGUAUUAACUCUAGUCUUGAUUCCAGUUCACCGUUUCGAUUCGGAAUUCGAAUUAGGGUGCCUACGCGAGAUGAAGCGGCCCUAAAUACACUGCAAAAACAUUUGAUGAUGCCUAAAGGUGCAGUGAUCACAAAGGUGGAUGCUCACGCGAAGAUGCAGCGAUCACAAGGGUGGAUACUCACGCAAGGUGCAGCGAUCCUUAGUUGUUUAGACUCACAAGCUAUAGGCUUUUCACAGGAGUGA